GUCCGGGCACGUCCCCCUCGAGGCGCCGGCCACGCACGUCCCCUCACUUAACCUCUGCCAACCCGGCGCGAAGUUAGAGGCCCGGGCGGCGCGCGCGGCACGCAGUCCUGGCUGCGGGGCGCGGAGGCAGGAGCCCGAGCUUGCAGCUGCGGCCGGGCGGACGAUGACGUGCUACCGAGGCUUCCUGCUGGGCAGCUGUCGGCGCGUGGCGGGCGGCCGGGCGGCGGCGCUGCGGGGGCCAGGCGCGGGAGGCCCUGUCGCGGGGCCCUGGCUCGGCGGUGACGGCGGUGGCCGGCGGCACCUGGGGCAAGGGCAGCCGCGCGAGCUGGCGGGCUGUGGCAGCCGCCCCGACGGCGGCUUCCGCCCCUCCCGGGUGGUGGUGGUGGCCAAAACCACCCGGUACGAGUUCGAGCAGCAGCGGUACCGCUACGCGGAGCUCUCGGAGGAGGACCUGAAGCAGCUGCUUGCAUUGAAAGGCUCUAGCUACAGUGGACUGCUUGAACGACAUCAUAUUCACACCAAAAAUGUAGAGCAUAUUAUAGAUAGUUUACGGAAUGAGGGAAUUGAGGUUCGUCUAGUGAAGAGAAGAGAAUAUAAUGAAGAGACAGUUCGAUGGGCAGAUGCUGUCAUAGCUGCAGGAGGUGAUGGCACAAUGCUUCUGGCAGCAAGUAAAGUCUUGGAUAGACUUAAACCAGUUAUAGGGGUAAACACUGAUCCAGAACGGUCUGAGGGUCAUUUAUGUCUGCCUGUUCGAUAUACACAUUCCUUCCCAGAAGCCUUACAGAAGUUCUAUCGUGGUGAGUUCAGGUGGUUAUGGAGACAGCGAAUCAGGUUAUACCUUGAAGGGACUGGCAUAAACCCUGCUCCUGUGGACCUUCAUGAACAGCAACUAAGUUUGAAUCAGCAUAGCAGAGCCUUUAACAUUGAAAGAGUUCAUGAUGAAAAGUCUGAGGCUUCAGGACCGCAACUUUUGCCAGUGAGGGCACUAAAUGAAGUCUUCAUUGGGGAGAGUCUAUCUUCCAGAAUGUCUUAUUCUUGGGCUGUAGCAGUGGACAAUUUAAGAAGAAGUAUACCCACUCUAAAGGGACUGGCUUCCUACUAUGAGAUUUCAGUUGAUGAUGGUCCGUGGGAAAAACAGAAGAGUUCAGGGCUCAAUUUGUGUACUGGAACAGGAUCAAAGGCCUGGUCAUUCAAUAUUAAUAGGGUUGCAACUCAGGCUGUGGAAGAUGUUUUAAAUAUUGCAAAGCGACAAGGAAAUUUGAGUCUUCCCUUGAACAGGGAAUUGGUAGAAAAAGUAACAAAUGAAUAUAACGAAUCACUGCUCUACAGUCCAGAAGAACCAAAAAUACUUUUUAGUAUUCGAGAACCAAUAGCAAACAGAGUUUUCUCAAGCAGUCGUCAGCGCUGUUUCUCCUCAAAGGUUUGUGUUCGUUCUCGUUGUUGGGACGCAUGUAUGGUUGUGGAUGGAGGAACUUCUUUUGAGUUUAAUGAUGGAGCAAUUGCUUCAAUGAUGAUCAAGAAAGAAGAUGAGCUUCGGACUGUGCUUCUAGAGCAGUGAAGGAUUUCUUCAGAUGAGAAAUUUGGAUUACUAUUUUUACUGCAAAAACAGACUACCAACCAUAAAGCUACAUUUUUUGGUUAUUGUUGAGACUGGUUGCCUUUGGGCUCAAAGGUGACAAAGAAGGCGAGAUUUGUAUUCUUCUGUUCAAUUCUGAUAGAAAUAAAGAUGUGCACUGUGUAAGAAAGUGGAUGGACUAAACUGAUUAGAAUUGAUACCAGUGAAAUUUCUGUAUAACUUACAAUUGGUAACCUAGAGUGCUGAUAUAUUUUUAAAUCUAGAGAGGCAGGCUUAAAUAAAGGAUUAAAUGUUUAGCAUUUGAAAUUUAACUGUACAAGUGUUUUUUCCUUCCCUUUCCUUCUAACUUUGUGGAAUUGGUCAAACCAAACACAUAUUUGAUUAAUGCAUAUUUUUUAUAGUACAUAAAAAUCAAGAUUUUUUAAAAAAGAUUUUGAUGAUGAUGAUGAUGAUGGACAAUUUUGAUAAAUCCUGACAUUGACCUAAUUGAAAUAGGUGAAUGUGUUUUUUAUAUGUACUAAGAAUUUUCUAAUUUCAGGACAAUGUUAUGACACUUUACUGAUUUAAAAAUUUCAAACAGUCACCAAAAUGAAUGUUUUCACUUGACUUUCGUUUUGGUUAAUUUCAACAAUGCUAGGUGAAAUAAUAUAUAUUGGGAAAAAAUCAUGAUGCUCUUGUUACAAAUGUAUAAAUUAUCCAGUAGCUAUUUUAGUUCAGACAAUUUUUUAAAAGUGAUUUGAGUCUAAUAGGUUUCUUCCAUCUUUAAAAUUCUCUAACAUGAAUUCAAUGACUAAAAGGAUGAACUGAAUUGAUUAGACAUGUUCUUUUGGGAAUCUGGUAAAAUAUUUAAAAAAUAUUUUCAUCUAGUAUUAGUAUUGCCAGAAAGAGAAUGGAUUCUUUAGUAAAUAUGUAAAACACGGUAGUUUUGGAAUUGCCUUACUUGGUAUUGUGGUGAUUUUCACUUAGCUAUUGUUCUAAGUUUUACAUAGUUAGCUUUGUAGGAUAAAUUAUAGUUUUCCUUCUUCCUCAUUAUGAGAAUUUAUUUUUAGAGGAGAUUAUUUUUAUCAAAUUCUUGGUCUACUAAUAGUAAGUAACCCUAGAAUUUUCACCAAAAAGAUCCUGUUGCUGCAUAAUGUAACACUUGGUAUUCUCAUGCCAUUUUAUCACUUGCUGGUGAAAAUUUUUUUCAAUCGUUGACAAAUAUUUAUUGGACAUCUACUCUGUGCCAUGUACUAAUCUGUCAGGUGCUCAAUAUACAUUGAUGAAUGAAACAGACUAUCCUUUUAGAAUUUGAGCCUAGUGAACUCAGAAGUAGAUUCUGUGAAAGCUAGGAAGUACUCAUAUAGUCAAAUUGGGUGCUCUUAGUUUUGCCAACAUUUAAUAUAUUGUUAUCAGAUUUGUUUAUAAAUGUUAGUGUACAGAGGUAAUCUAAGUUUUGAUGUAUAUCCAGAAGAAUCUUUUUAUCUUUGUUAAGUGUAUCUGCAUAAAUACUGAUAGCAAAGAGUUUAUGUGAUGGAUCAGAUAGAAAGCAAAUAAAAUUAGUGUUUUCCCAGAGCUGGAUCUAGUUUCUAGUUUGAUUUUUUUUUAAAAUGAUACAUGUAAUAUCAUUUUACAAAGAAAUAAAAUUUCACACUAUAGAAACUCCCCUAACAGAUCUAAAAUACCUUCUUGAAAAAAAUGCCAGCUCCAUCCUUAAUAUGUCAAGGAAAUCUGAUUGUCAAAAUGCUACCAUACAUCUGUUAAUAUGUAACACAUUCAUGGGUAACCUGUUGUGUAAAACUGUUCAUAAGCCAUAUUUAAAAAGGCUUAAAAAUACAUAAUGUGCCCCAUCUGUGAUGUAACUUCUAACAUUUCUAUUCUGUGGUGGGAUUUACUUGUGAGAGAUGAGAGGCAGAAGAUGUUAGAAUAGCAAAAUUAUUUUUAUGACUGAGUUAACCUUUUAAUGGCAACUAUAUGUCAAUUAAAUUAAAUCAUUGUUAUCUCUUA